AUGGCUGUAUUCAUAUAUCGAUGGAAACGAAUUUUCACUGUUCUCUUCAUCAUUGUUUCAUUCUUUGUUCUGUUUCAAAUCAACCUGAAAACGAAAGGAAGGAAGAAUAAUCACAAAAGUUCAAUCAAUAUCAACGUUCUUCACAGUGACAGAAAUGGAGGAAAACUUGGAAGAAAUAACGAUAGGAAGCUUGACCUAUUGAAAAAUCAGAAAUGCACAAUUCCCAGACUGGAUAUCAAUGGAUCAGAAGUCAUACAUUUCUUCCACACGCCCAAACCAUUGGCAUGUCAAAUUUCAGGAAAUGUUGAAGAAGACUGGGUAUUUUUGGAUGAUGAAGGAGUUAUUCGAUUUUCUGGAAACAGACAAAAGGCUAAAUGUCAGAUGCAGUACUUUUGGAGAUCCAGUGAUGAUGAUAAUAAUUACGGUGAAAUGAUUGAUAUAAAAGAUAGAUUCAAUGGCUCCGAUUUUGGGAGUGUUACUUGCUAUCAAGGAUUCACAAAAUGGACAACUCUUCUCUGGACAAUUACAGACAAUGAAGAAGCACACAAAAGAGCGAGAAAACUGACGAAACUGGAGAAAAGAAAAUCAUACAAUGUUUAUUUCUUAGGAUUCGACUCUCUCUCCCAGAUGUCAUUCCGUCGGAAACUGCCAAGAACUGUCAAAUUCUUAGAAGAAACUCUCGGUAGUGUAGUUCUGAAUGGAUACAAUAUAGUGGGAGAUGGUACUCCACAAGCAUUCAUUCCAAUUCUAACUGGACAGACUGAAACGGAAUUGCCACUUUCAAGAAAGCGAUUUCCGGAAUCAAAAUAUCUAGAUGAAAUCUAUCCAAUGGCAUGGAAGAACUAUUCGGAUAAAGGAUAUGUUACUAUGUUUGGAGAGGAUAUGCAUCAAGUCGCCACAUUCACAUACCGUCUCAAAGGAUUUCAUCACCAACCAACUGACCAUUAUCCGAGAACUUUCUUCAAAGAUGUGGAAUAUAGAGGAGAUAGCACAUGUAUCAAUUCACAACCUGUUCAUAAAAUAUGGUUUCAAAACUGUGAAAAGUUCAUGAAAGUUUAUAAAGACGUCCCAAGAUUCCUGUUGAUGCAUCAAGGCCUACUAUCUCAUGAUGAUAUUAAUUUAGUCGGUGUUGAAGAUAUUGAUUUAUCGGAUCAUUUGAAUCACAUGAACAACGAGGGAAUUUUUGAUGACUCUUUUGUAAUUGUAAUGGCUGAUCAUGGACAUCGAUUUGCGAAAUUAAGGGAAACUCAUCAAGGACAACUGGAAGAACGGAUGCCAUUCUUUUCGAUUUCGAUUCCAAAAGAAUUGAGAUCUACUGAAGAAGGACAAUUAAUGGAGAAGAAUUUGAGAGAAAAUGCAGAGAAACUGACGAGUCCCUUCGAUAUUCAUGCUAGUUUGAUGGAUAUUCUGAAUCUUUCUUCUCAUGAAAGCGGUUUUUAUGAGAUGCAAGAUGCUUCGUCCGAACGAUCUUUAUCUGUGUUCCGGCCUAUUCCAACUAACAGAACAUGUGCUCAGGCGGGGAUUGAACCUCAUUGGUGUACGUGUCUUUCAUGGAAAAGUGCCAUGGAUACUUCAGAAGAUCGAUUAUUAACCAAAAGAAUUGCUACUGCUGUUGUGGAUCAAUUCAACAAAGAAAUUUCGGCAGAGAAAGAUUUAUGUGCUCCUCUAUCACUGUCUACUAUUCUUGAUGCUAAAAAACUGAUUCCUGACAAAGAUUUACUUGCCUAUACAAAUGUGAAAGAUCCAGAUGGCUUUGUCCCAGAUCUAUCUGGAAAUACAAAGACUGCAUUUGCACAUUAUCAAUUGAAAAUCCAAACGACUCCUGGAAAUGCAAUAUACGAAGUGACUCUAUUUUAUGAUAUGAUCAACGAAGAGCUGAAAAUGGAUUUUGGAGCGAUCAGUCAUGUGAAUAAGUAUGGAGAUAAUCCACAUUGUAUCAUCGGAAGAAACUUUUUCCUUGCCACGUUUUGUGUUUGUUUUGAUAGAAUAUCUAGUCAAUGA